ACAACAUUACAUUAUUUCACUCCCAAAGUAUAGAACUAGGUGCCACAUCUUGCCAUUAUUAUUUCCAAUUGCCACCACAACCAUGAAAGCUUCAUUACGCAGUGCUACUCCACUUGCUCUAAUUUCACCUAACCAACUACUCAAUGCAUCCACUCCUGGGGAUAAAUAUUUUGGUUUCAAAUAUAGCAAGGAUAGGAGUACUGUAAUGACAAUGGUAGCUAGUGGAAAAGGUGGUGGUUUGUUGGAGAAACCUCCAACCAUAGAGAAAACAACACCCGGUCGAGAAUCUGAAUUUGACUUAAGGAAAUCAAAAAAGACAUCACCACCAUACAGAGUAAUGCUACACAAUGACAACUAUAACAAAAGAGAAUAUGUAGUGCAAGUGUUGAUGAAAGUGAUACCUGGAAUGACAGUUGAUAUAGCAGUUAACGUCAUGCAAGAAGCACAUAUUAAUGGAUUAGCAGUGGUCAUUAUUUGUGCUCAAGUUGAUGCUGAAGACCAUUGCAUGCAAUUGAGAGGAAAUGGUCUUUUAAGUUCAAUUGAGCCAGCUGAUGGUGGUUGUUGAGUGUUGUGACCAUCCAAAAUUUAGUUGUCUCAAUUACAAUACCUCGCAUUCACCACAGUCGGUAAAUCGGAACGUCAGAUGAAGAUCAAACGAUUCAUAUUUUAAUUUUGAUAAUCAAAAUUAUAAUAUGAGUUAUUCCAUCUUCAUUCAGAAGGUUCUGAUUGAUUGACUGUGGUGAUUACUGAUUACAAUAUAAUCAAACUAUAGGGUGCUACGUGUAUAUUAUACACAUUUUCCACGGUGUCCUCCUUCCCAAUCAUUAAAGAUAGUUUGUAUACAAAAUUUGUGACAAGACAUUGAACGGUAUAUAUAUAUAGUGCUAGUUAGUACCAAUUUCCAACAAAUCUUGAUAGUCUUUAAUCUACAAACUUGGAACAUGUAUAAUACUUCCUCUGUCCUAAAAUGUAUACAAAAUUGUGGUUAUUCUUGCA